UUUACUUAUAUUUUGUUGAAUGCGGCAGCUGUUUUCAUGUUUCCUCGUUGUUGUUUUGAUCCUUUUUUUGUUCGUUUAUCAAUGCUUAUUGUUGACUGGAGAGUAAAAUUAAUUGCCUAAGUUUAUUAUACUUGCUCAGUUUGUUAAAUAUUCUCAUUUUCCUUCUUUUUGUUAUUAUCAAGUUAUAGUCCUCUUUCUUUGUUGAAUGCCUAACUUUUCUUUUCCUCGAUAUGCCCUACUUUGUGAUCUUUUGAUUAAAAAAAUUCUUUUUUCUGUUUUGGAUGUGUGAAUAGGAGUAUCUUAAUAAAUUCGUGUGUUUACUUUUGCAAGUAUAUUAGAUGCAUUCUUUUGAUCUAUGUGGAAAGUCGAAUGGCCUAUUGUUGUGGAGAGAAGAGUGGAGCGAUUUAGCUUGUUUUGAUUGUCUGGGUGAAAAUUGGUUGAAGAAGAAUGAUUUAGAACUUGUUUGUUUCAAUUUUGAAAAUAAUUUCAUUGUGAUAUAACACUAAUCUAGUUUUAAGUUCUAGUGCUUAUGAAAUGUUUGGAUGUUUGAUCUCUUCUUGACAUAUAUGAUUGUUAAUAUGGAAUAAAGUAGUGGGCUUGUUUUCAGCAGAGGUUGUGGUGCUUGGAGGUGGUUCUUUUGGAACUGCUAUGGCGGCUCAUGUUGCUGAUAGGAAAGCUCAGCUAGAAGUUAACAUGCUUGUACGAGAUGCUGAAGUUUGUCAAUCGAUCAAUGAGAGUCAUCUUAAUUGUAAGUAUUUUCCAACACACAAGCUGCCAGAAAAUGUUGUUGCCACGACAGAUGCUAGAGAAGCUUUACAGGGUGCAGACUUUUGCUUCCAUGCUGUACCUGUGCAGUUCAGUGCCUUGUUCCUUGAGGGCGUUGCUGAUUUUGUUGAUCCGAGCCUACCUUUUAUUUCUCUCAGCAAAGGCCUGGAGCUCAAUACAUAUAGAAUGAUGUCUCAAAUAAUUCCCCGAGCACUGAGAAAUCCUCGCCAGCCCUAUGUGGUUCUAUCUGGGCCUUCAUUUUCUCUGGAGUUGAUGAACAAAUUGCCAACAGCCAUGGUGGUGGCAUCAAAGGACAAAAAGAUGGCAAAUGCUGUUCAGCAACUUCUUGCUUCUAAGAACUUGAGAAUCAACACUUCAAGUGAUGUUACAGGGGUUGAAAUUGCAGGUGCUCUUAAGAAUGUACUUGCUAUAGCUGCUGGGAUCGUAGAAGGGCUGAAUCUCGGAAAUAAUUCAAUGGCAGCUCUUGUCACUCAAGGUUGCUCUGAGAUAAGAUGGCUGGCAACAAAGAUGGGAGCCAAGUCAACAACAUUGACCGGUUUGUCUGGAAAUGGAGACAUCAUGCUGACUUGUUUUGUGAAUCUUUCACGAAACAGAAGAGUUGGUGUUCGUCUUGGAUCCGGGGAAAAACUUGAUGACAUUCUCAAUUCUAUGAACCAGGUAGCUGAGGGCGUAUCCACUGCCGGAGCCGUGAUUGCAUUGGCACAGAAAUAUAAGGUUAAGCUGCCGGUCUUGACAGCAGUUGCUCGCAUUGUUGAUAACGAACUCACGCCAACAAAAGCCGUUUUUGAACUGAUGAAUCUGCCACAGGUAUGGUUUGUUGGUGACGUUUUCCCAAUUCUUUAGAGAGAUGGAUUUUUAGGAUAACGUUGGAUUUCAUUUCAUGGUGUGUAGGUUGAAGAAGUUUAGGUUUCGAGAAUGUUUAAUAUGAGGUCUGGGCGACGAUAGAUAAGAUAGGUUGCGAGUUGUGCAGAAAUUUUGUGUAUCAAUGUAUUCACAACGUUUGACUUGUGAAGCUAAGGACUCGAAUUGAAAUGUAAAUAAAACUUCCGGGUGCCGGAAAAUUUUUACAGGACACAAUUAAAAAAAAUGUUGGUAGGUUGGGUACCAAUUAGAUACAUUAU